AUACUAGCCAUGCAUGGUACCUCACUACCUGAAUCUGUGGUUUUGUCAACGUCAGCUUCAGCAACUUUUAUUCUUGAUAUGAAACAUGUGCUUGACAUAAUUGCACCUUUCUUGUCAAUCCAAGGUUUCUUGUGAUACAUCCUAAUAAAUUUGGACAUUUUGUGCUCUUGCAGUUUCAAGACGCAGCAAAAAGUUUUUCGCACGUUGUUCGCCUUGACCUGAACAUCUUCAACUCCAGUGGAGGAAGUAGCGGAAGUUGAUUGAUCGAGCCGCCCAAGUUUCGGGGAGAAAUCGGACGACUUCCCGAUCCCGCUGGGGCUUGUAUACGACGGCGGGUCGUCCUUUUCUCGUUGUUUUGUCUCCGGGCGAAGUCUGAAAUGAAAACAGCUAAAUCCGUUGGAUUCUAUGAACUGUGAAAAAUAAUUUCGUAAGUCUGCUGAAUGAAAAUCCGCAGGAAUAUUAGCUAGAAUCCCAUAUGCAUGGGAGCCUGCGCCUGCCGGUGCUUCAGUGUUUUCCGUCAUUCUUCUUGUCAUCAGGUGAUACGUCUCUCAGUCACGUGAUUUAGAGUCUCCUCUAUCCGAUCCCAGGUCAAGCAGAGCUGAUCCACAGCCCGGAUCCACAGACAUUUCAUUCAAUAAUAUUUUGUUUGUUUCAUUAUUAAAUUGCUAUAGACCCUAGACUUUUUGUCCAAAUAUGUCCUCAUCGGAUCCAGCAACACUCGGGGGCUCGUUGAAGGGGAAAGUUGCCUUAAUUACAGGAGCCAGUUCUGGAAUCGGAGCAGAAACGGCCCGACAUUUUGCUUCCCUUGGAUGUCAGCUUGCUCUAACAGGACGGAACAUGGAUGCUUUACAAGCAGUCACUGAUGAAUGUGUAAGCAGAGGACUUGGAAGAGAUCAGAUUUUGAUGAUACAGGCAAGCUUUGAUCAGGAAGCAGAUGUGAAGAAAACUGCCGAGCAAACAAUCCAGAAAUUCAACCAACUUGAUGUUCUGGUUAACAAUGCAGGAAUUGUUGCCCCAAAUUCAAUUGAGACUGAGAGCGUAUUAGAGAAUUUUGAUAAGACCUUUGCAGUGAAUGUCCGAGCAUGUCUUCAGCUGACUAAACUCAUGUCACCAUACUUAAUCAAAACUAAAGGCACCAUAGUUAAUAUAUCCAGUGUUAAUGGUGUCAGGGCUUUUCGUGGAGUGUUAACAUACUGCAUGUCUAAGACGGCCCUUGACCAUAUGACAAGAUGUGUUGCCGAAGAAUUAGCACCACAUGGAGUUAGAGUCAAUGCAGUCAAUCCUGGUGUAAUUGAAACGCAGAUCCAUACACGAGGAGGAAUGUCAGAUGAGCGAUACCAACAGUUCUUGGAACAUUCCAAGACAACUCACGCCAUGCGUAGAACAGGAACAGUUGAUGAAGUCUCAAAGCUUAUCGCAUUCCUGGCAUCCAGUGACUCGUCCUUCACAACAGGAGAAACAAUCACCAUAGAUGGAGGGCGCCAUCUCUUGACCAUCCCUGUUCAGAGUUAAACUCCAUUCUAGCUUUCAAUUUCAUACCAGUAAAUUGGAACUUAGCCAUAUAUAUUCACUAUCAUUAUUAUUCUGUCAUAUUUUCUCUGCCUUCCCCCUUUUUUAGGGGGGGGGGGGAGGUGAUGGGAGGUCUUUGCGGGGGCAAUAUACUCUAUUUUUGUACCAGAAGUAUUCUUACAUGUUUAAGAUGUUAUAAGCAACUUUAGGGUAAGUUUUUUUAGCAAUAGCUGAGCUAAAGGCCAUGGAAAUUUGUUUUCAGCUAAUUUUCAGGAUGUAUUAUUUUGUUCAAAAUACUCAACUCUGCAUUGAAGACGGAACAAAUUCAAAUGACUUCUUUUGAAAGGGAAAUGAUCAAGCAUUCUCUUGAAAGGAUUAGUUAAAAAAAGAAAUUGUGUGGUUUAAUGCAGAUUGUUGUUGAUAAACAGGAACAGGCUCUCUCAAAACAAAGAACCCCCCCCAAAAAAAAAGUUUAAAAUCCAUUCUCUUCUAAUUACAUGCUUUCAUCAAGAAGAUUUUUAUACUUUUUGCUGUAAGAGUAGUGAGUGAAAAUUUGCCAAACAAAACCACACCCGGUACUCUUUUUUUUGGGGGGGGAGGUUCUACAUGUAUGUAUUGUGAGUGUUGUCAUAAUGAAAUGCAACAUUGGCUACUUGGUAUACUAUUAAUUUAACAAUCACUUCAAUUACUUUGAAUAUUGUCUAAUUGAUGGGCUAAGUGGCAGUUACAUGAAAUGGUUGUAAGUAAAUGACCUCGCUUGUGUUUCAUAAAGCUGUUUGUAAGUAAUGAAAAGCUUCACGCACAAUAUCAUGCAUAACAGGUGAAUCCAUUCUUGGGUGCUAACAAGAUUCUUAAUCAUUUUGAUUUGAAAUAAAAUUGUGUAGGUUUAAAUUCUUGUUGCUAACAGUCAUCUACAUGCAAAGUUUAUGAUUUUUAAAAUUUGAUUACUUGUAGGAAAUGCAGUUGGACAUGAUCUGGGAUAUCUCGUAAAAUAGCAGAAGAAUUGUCAUUAGUCUUGUUUCAAAGUGAUGCUUAACAGUUUUAUGACAUACCUCCCCUACUUGUAGAUGGGAUAAGAACUUGAAUAGCAUGAGACCAAACAUGUAUUAGACAAACAUCACUAGACAAAGUGAUGUUUCACCUAUAAAUUCCCUUGUCUCAGUACAUUUACCACAAUGCAGUGACACAACAAAACUGCAACUUUUUGUGUACAAUUUGGAUAUCAUGCAACAACUUUGAACAAAAACUGCUGUGGCAGGAGAAUUUUUUUUUUUACACCUGGCUACUACAAAUCUGGUAACAAGCAAAUUCUUCAAAAGUUUGCAUAUAUGUGGCAUGAGUUUGUCCACACUCUAUAUAAAUUUGGGCAAUGUAUUUUGGCAUCAUUGAUGUCACAAUGCAGUGCCCACAUUGAUUGGUAUAAUGCAUGUGUUUUCUUUUUCUUUGUCUGGACCACCACAAUUGUUUUUGUACAUCUAGUGUAAAAGCUAACGUGCAAGUUACAGUGUUAAAUUGUUAGGAGGACAACAUUAUUUCAUAAAGUUACCUUGAUACUUGAGAAAUUAGAAUUCACACAAAUAUUUGCCACAUGGUACUUUUCUUAAAACAUUAUUUUUUGGAAAUAUUUUUUUCCCUACGCUAUGUUACAUCUGUUAUACUAUUAAAAUAAGUACUAUUUCAGGAUUGGCUUAUUGGGAGUCAAAUUUGGCUCUAGUGAAUGUAUAAAAACAAACAUUGAUUAUGAUAUAGCUAUGUCAUUGCAUCUUUUUUUCAACAAUCAUGUAAAAUAUAUCUGAUACAAUAAGGUUGUAAUUGAUGUAUUUAGUAAAAUGUAAAGAUGUCAAUUUUAUGAUAUAUUUUCAUCAAAAUCAUUGUCAAACAAUUAUAAAUGAUGUAUAUGGGUUCUUUAAAAUGACCAUUAGUUUGUUGUGCUGUAAUUUUAAUUAUUACUCCUGAUGUCCCGAUGACAUGAGUUUGACAAUAAAUUGAAGCCAGCAAA